CCUGAGGCCAAUCGGAGUCCCGUGCGAUCUCGGCACUCUGAUUAUCUCCACAUCUGAUAUGAUUAGAUUUCUUCCAGCUACAUCCUCAUUGCUUUCCUUCCCACCUCACGACGGCCUACACGAUGGCUGGGAAGCUCGAAAUCAGUCGCAUCUCGCCUGUACACUCGCCUGAUGAUUGCUGUGAGAGGAAUUCACCAUUGACGCCUGGAGCAACUAAUCCAAUCAAUCGGUCUCGCAACCUGUCUUGUAAGUGCCAAGCUUUUCCACAUGCCCCUCCUGAGGCUUUUCCCGUCACACACUGCCGGAAUUCUCUAUGACAUGUCUAUUUGUGUCUCUGUCCUGGUCCAUCUUCCGCUCGCUUCAGCCUGUGUAUCCCUAGAAUUUCUGACAUACGCAUUGGCGUCUCAUAUUUCCGUCUUGCGCCUGGUCGCGUACAUGUAGAUGUCUUAUUUUGACUUUGAUGAUCUAGUGCAGCCGUCGCCUGCGGCCGCUGCCAGCCCUUCCAUUCUCCCCUCGCCGUCCACCCAGAAUACGUUUGGAUAUGGCAUCGCGGUACCCGGACCGAGCGGGCCCCUAGGUGCGACGUACAAGAUUCCGCCGCGGCCCAAGCCUGGCCGGAAGCCCGCGACGGAUGAACCGCAGACCAAGCGCAAAGCCCAGAACAGAGAAGCUCAGAGAAACUUUCGUCAGAGAAAGGCACAGAGAUUGACUGAACUUGAGGGAGAGCGGGAGCAGAAAGAUAGGGAGCAUCAGGAAGAAACGGAACAUCUACAGUCGCAGAUCGAGUCACUGAACCAGGAAUUGGCCCUGCUCACCGAAAACGAACAGAAUGCCCAACGACAACUCCAAGAGGCUCUUGCUAACCUUCGGAGAGCCGAAGAUGAGCGCGAUCACUACCGAUCAUUAUACGAGUCGUCGAAUACACCCUCGCUACGGGCUGGCUACAGAAACGAAGUGUCUACUCCGGGCUCCCUGGCCGGUGCCUCGGCUAGUUCACCAGCGUUUGGCCUUACGCCUGUUACCAAUUCAGCGAUGAGUGUAGACAAUCGGUCGAAGUCAAUCCUGUCGGGAUGUGAUGAUUGUGAGCCAGAAAGAGGCAAUUGUGCUUGUAUCAAUGCCUUCGCAGACCCUGUCAACCUAGAAGCUCCGUUAUCACCCAUGUCUGACGUUAAGAUGAAGGAUGUUGACGAAAGAUCGAACUAUGAUGAUCGUGAGAUCGAUUUCACCACACAGCAAGCAGGGCAAGACAAGAGGCCCUCUGUUGCAUUCAUUACUGAGCAGUCCAUGGACGGAUGUGGUUUCUGUACCGACGAAAGCAACUGCGUGUGUGCUGCUGAAGCUAAGAUUUCGAUCGAACAGACGACUCGAACACUCCCCCCUAUGCGAACCCGACCUCCUCGGGCUCAAAUGUCGUCUGCUGAUUCAACGCAGCAAAGACGAGCUCCAGGGACCUGUCCGGAUUGCCAGAAAAACCCUCGUCAGCAAGAGUGGUGCAAGUCUGUAUCUAGGGAUGCCCAGUCUCCUGCAUCCUCUCAUACUAUUCAAAGUCCCUCCCAGGCAACCAACCCUGCCAAUCGCUACUCUGUUGGAUGCACAGAUGCUUUCCAUAUUUUCAACAACCGCGUUCCGAUGGCAUCGACGAACGAACGAAUGGACUGGACCUCAGAUCUGGAAACUCUGCCGCCCGGUGCAUCGAGGAAAAUCUACUUCUCUCAUCUUCAUGGAGAGAACAAGGAAGCCCCUCCACCACAGGAUCGCAAGUACACAGCUGUGGAGAUUGACAGUGCCAGCAUCUUGACUGCUUUGACUCGCCACGAUCGUCGCCACUCCUCUGACAAGAAAACGGAUCAAGUUCUUCAGAAAACUGUGCGCUUCCUGGAGGAGUUGCCGCAGCAGACUACACACGAUCGUCAUGGACGAGAAGAUGGACAUUCGUCGAACUCUAGAAGCUCAAUCGGUCACAUAUUGAAUUAGAGAAUGGGAUGCAAACACACAUCAUUCAACGGCGUUAUGAUAUCCGGUAGGUCGCAGUCGGAACAGUGCACCACCAAACAGCACCAGCUGUAAUUUGAGGUGGUUACGUGUUGGAGCAACAUAUGGGUUGUAUUCCUUUAUACGAUCAAUACUCUGUAGUCAUCA